AUGAGAUACACGACCACAGCCCUGGCUCUCGUUGGCCUGACAACCACCCUCGCGCAACCCAAUCCCCUCCGCAUCCUCCCACCGAACUGGUCCUUCACUAUUUCCUCCAUACGAGGCCCCGGCUGCCCCGACUCUGGCAAAAAUGGCACCUUCUCGCGCACUACGCGUCCAACUUUCGGUUCCAAUACCGUCGACGGUAGCGAGAUAUACUAUUGGUUCAUUGCAUACCCAUGGAUGCGUGUAGACCUCGAGAAUGGUCCCCGCCAUACAUGGUGCGAGACGACUUUGUCAUACAAGGAGUACAAAGAUGUGGAUAUGAUUGCCGAAGCGGAGGAUUACAAGUUGAGGCUGCACAAAAAUGGGACGAAGGGGAUUAUGACGUAUGAGUUGGAUGAGGGAGUACAGGUUUAUUGGGACUUCGCUUACUACGUGGGUGAGGGAAGCGGGAGGACGGAGGUCGCUGAUACCAUCGCACUAACUGGCCCUGCUUCAUCUGGUCAGUACGCUCAAGAGUACUACUCGAACAUCAGUUAUCCACCGGAGCUCAUUCCUCAGUCCAACUGCGGGAGUGGUACGUUCACCUUCCGCACAGAGAUGUGGGUUGAAGGUAAGGAGGGACAGCAGGGUGUCGUGGAUAGUGAGCACUCGUACAGCGAGGAGCUGGGAAAUCAGUACUAUGGUGCGCAGCAGGGGUUCAGCUACGAUUGGCAGAAGUGUGAGUAA